AUGAUUGUCACUCGUUUUCAUCAUCCGCAGCGCUUGAUUUUGUCUAUUUUGGUGCUUUCCGGUCUCUGCUCCAAGUUGCUUCACAUAUACCAACAUCGAUCUCUUCCCCUAUACUUUUUGGCCCUCUAUUUUCCCACAUUCUUUAUUCAGGAGCUCCUCCUAUUCGUUGCAGUAUGGAUUCUCUUAUAUACGACCUCUGGUCGGUGGUCAGUGGCCGCCGUUAUCGGAUCAGCGAUUGUCGCAUGCAUUGAUUUAUUAGCAACGUCGUCGCAAGUUAGUUUCUAUUGUCAGACCGGCAGCGAAAUUCGAUGGGAUGCAGCCAGAUCUGUGGGCGCCAGUCGGCAGGGAAUGAAGUUAAUAUUGAGCGGACUGGUUCCUAUGGCUGCCGCUACAACAGUGAUCGCGGUGGCUUCCUGGCUUAUGGCUCAAGGGAUCUGGAAUCUUAUGACCCGCUGGCUAUGCUCCCUCUCUAAUCUCGGAGACGCCAAGUCUUCCGCCGUGUUAUCGGGGCCCUCGGAUCUGAGAAGUCUAGUGUCGAAUAGAUCUCGAUUAUGGACGCUCGUGGGCACUGGAAUAACGAUCGGACUCUGGCUGAUCCGGCCAUCAAUCCCAUACAAUCAUAUGACGGGAGCUCUGCCCUUCACCAUGCUCGGCGAACAAUCUCGGGCUCGUCGGAUGACCAUCGAAACAUUUCCGCUACCUGAAUUGCUGGCGGAGGAAUAUCGGGAACCUGCUAAUGGGCACUAUAAGGGGUGGGCACCGACAUUGGACGACUCGGGUAACACUGCCUAUGGAAAUAAUAAGCCAGCCUGGGCACGAGGCCCUCUUCCUGCUGCGUUUGAGAGAUGGAUUGUGAAUUCCGAUUCAAACGGGAUCGAAAUUACCUUGGAGGCAUCUAACUCGACUGUUCAAAGCGUGUCCAAGAGGGAGGAAAACAAAUCCGAUUCUGAAAGCAAGAACAAGACAGCUGAACCGCGACACUACUUCUAUAACCCCGUUCAGGAUCCCAUGAGGAUAAGCAACCUUGACCUGGAACCACUUGGUCCUCUGAAGGAGGCUCUGAAGGACCAUGCCAUCCCCAUCAACCACAUCGUCUUCGUGUUCUUGGAAAGCGGUAGGAAGGAUCUGUUCCCCCUCAAAAAUGAUUCUCGCUUGUACCAACAAAUCCGUGAAUCAUAUGAAUUAUACGAUGAGGAGGAUGAAGCCGAUCUAGACGACAAACUGUCCCAGAUUACCCCCGUGGCAGAGAUGCUUACAGGGGAGCAAUCUGGCUUCGUUUCCUCGGUUAACUCAACGAAUACCGGACUAGGUGGUCUCAGCUUCGACGGGAUAUUGUCCGGGAGUACUCUCUCUGCGAAAUCGCGUCUUGUCAACUACUGCGGUCUGGGACCGCUCCCGGUGGACUUUAUGCAUGAAAAUGAUAUCAUUCCAUACCAGCCGUGUCUGAUGCACAUCAUGGAUCUAUUCAACCAGCGCAAGAAGUCUGCUGGCUCUAAGGAUGCUUCUGGCUCUGGGAAUUCCACCAGCUCUGGGAACUCCACCAGCUCUGGGAACUCCACCGACAGUCACCUAGAACGGGAAUGGCAAACCAUCUAUGCCCAGUCUGUCACUGGAGAGUUCCAGGCACAGACUCGGCUUAUGGAUCUGCUCGGUUUCCAGCAGACAUUGUACUCGGAAGACAUUGAUGUGGAGGAUGCGAAAUAUUUCCAUGAGGAUAUGGAAAAGAUCAACUACUUCGGUUAUGCGGAAACUGAGGCCCGCCCCUACAUCAAAGAUUUGAUCGACGAAACGCUUCGUCAGAACAAGAGACUCUUCCUUUCACAUUUCACCAGCACAACUCACCACCCUUGGGGUACACCCGAAGGCUGGAACCGAGAUAAAUAUUUCGGUGAUCUCCACAAAUCACAACACGAACUCAUGGAUGACUUCCUCAACGCCAACCACUUCGUCGACACAUGGCUCGGCGAAUUAAUGGGCAUGCUCGGAGAAGCCGGCAUCGCCGACGAGACCUUGACAGUCUUCGUGGGAGACCACGGCCAAGCAUUUGGAGAAGACUGCCCCGUCACAGGAACCUACCACAACCCCCACAUCAGCAACUUCCGCGUACCCCUAGUAUUCCACCACCCCUUAUUACCCCGCAUGCACCUUAAUGUCAACGGCAGCGCCGUAUCCAUCCUCCCCACGAUCCUUGAUCUCCUCGUGAACACCAACUCCCUCAACGCAGACGACACAGAAAUUGCCCUGGAUCUGAUGAACGAGUACGAGGGCCAGUCCCUCAUCCGGCCGUACCGCACCUCGCACAAUGGCCGCGAAGCCUGGAACAUGGGCGUUAUUAAUGCCGGUGGCUCGAUGCUGAGUGUUGGUUCCGCUGCUGUGCCCUGGCGGCUCAACCUGCCUUUGAACAAUGACUUCGAGUACCGCUUCACGGACUUGGACAAGGACCCGUACGAGCUUGAGCCUGUCACAGGCUGGACUAUGGGGUCGCUUGCGGCGGAGGUUCAUUCCAAGCAUGGGCCUGAGGCUUUUGAUUGGGCUCAGAAGGCUGAGAAGGUUGGCCUUUGGUGGGUUGCGGAGCGGAAAAAGCUUUGGAAUUAUCGUGAUCCUGACGAGUGAGUGGCUGUUUACGAUGGUAGGCAGCUCGUGUUUUGUUUUCUUUUUUGUCCUUGGAGCGAUUUGCAUAGCAUGCAUUCUGGGGUAUGUGUUUUUUUUGGGCUCACUGCUGGCUACCCAGG